CAAAAGCAUUAAAUGAUUACAUCAAAAUUUGUGUACUGAGCGAAAUUCCAAAGGAAAAUCAUUUUUCCGAGUAAAGUCAAUGAUCUUCGAACGGUCGAUAAAAUGAUUUUUUAAUGAUCAAAUGAAAUUCGAUUCUUUUUUCGAUCAGUUUAACCUCCAUAAUUGGACAUCAAAUUUUCAAUUUUUGAAAAUGGAAAUUUAUGAUAUUUCAGAAACGAUUGAAUUUUUUGUGAUCUUCAACAAAUCGCUAUUUACGUCAAUUGCCAAAAAAAAAAAAAAAUGCUUCAACCACGCUCAAUUAAAUUCUAAACAUAAAAUUCUAUAUGAAAUGAGGAUUGAACUUUUGAAAAAAAAAACGCUGCCUUUUAAGACUGAGAAAACAUUCUCGAUGCUGAAUUCCUCUGAAAUGCACCCACAGUUAGCUUCAUCCUAUUCAUCUUGUUACAUGAAUAAAUAAUCUUUAAAAAAACGUGUUGAUCAGAGCCCCAAGGGAAUAAAUGUAUCGUUUCACGACCGAGAUUAGGAAGUUCGAUAAGGGACCACUUCCCGGACGAAACAAGCAGAGCGCGAGUGUUAUAUCCCAUAUCCAGUUAGCUAAUCAGUCGUGAAAAAUAAGCAGGCGCGAAAUGUCGAAUAAAUUAGCGACUAAACACAAGUCCUCGCUCACGUUAAAAUCACCAAUUAAAAAAUCAUAUUUCAAUCACUCCAAACAUGCAGAGAACUCGGAAAAAUGUGAAAAAGAAUUUUCUGUUACAAUAUUUCCUUUCAUAAUUUGUUUAAUAUUUUUCAUUCACUGGAUUAUCGUGUGUCCCCUAAUUUGGGCACUUUUGUAUCGGACGGAAUUCUCCGAAAAUUGGCCAAAUUAUUGGCCUUAUUUGUAUUGGCUCGUAGCUUUCUCCGCUUGGUUAUUACCAAUGCUAAUUUUCCUUUUAAUAUGGCGAAGAGCAACGACCACAAAGAACGAUCGAUUAAUUUCUGGUGCAAAUUCGAUCGAAAUUCAGCAUGAAAAAAAUUCUUGCCUCGAAAACAACGAUGGAUUCGCUCAGCCGGAAAUCCUGGAGUUAACGUCCGUCUCUCGCAAUAAAGAUGAAGGUCAUUCGGAAGUUCAUAAAACGAGAAAGGAGAAAAUAAAGCAAUUGGCUCCCCUCGUUAUCCAUCGAAAUAUGUCAGGACAAAGCGGAACGGAAAAUUUGGGUGACGUGAAAAUUGAAACACCUAUCGAAGAUGAAGAAAAAAUCGAGAAGUACAUCGACAAGGAUUUAAUGGACAAGUACAACAAAUUCGUUAGAUUGGACAGACCGUUGUCGCUCCGCAGCUCGGUCGCUAGUGAAAAAUCAAAUUCGGAUGUGCCCCUAUCUCCGAGAGAAUUAUUCUUCAUCGACCUAAUUCGUCACGCAGAAAGUAAUGAGGAUAAAAAUAGUAUCGAUUCACCAACGAAACUCGCACAAUCCAUUAGCCAGAAAAAAACUGCUGCUUGCACGGAAACCAGGCCGACGGAGGAAUCGUCGUAUUUUAUCGCCAAUGUGGAAAGCCCAGGGGCUAAUAAGAACGAAAUUUUCAUUGAAAUUCUAGAACCUGAAAUCACGCUUAAAAGUGUUACUAAUCAAAUUUCCAUCAUUCAAGACUGCUCCGAAAAAGUUAACGUUGAUCUUGGUUUAUAAUUUUAAGAAAAUUAAUGGACUCUCCGAUGAAUUAAAAAAAAAUUUUAAACAAAGAGGAUUUUUAUGAGGCCGACAAAUAGCAAUGAAUUUCGUUUAAUACCAUUAUUUCUGAAUGUCGAAUGAUUUUUUUAAUUUUACGCUGAUCAUCGUGCGAUCUGUAUUGAUUAAA